UGCGUGAAAAAUCGUAACAUUUUUGUUGUAAUGUAGGAAGCAGCAGCGGCAGUCGACAAACAAGAAAUCGCGCACCGCUCAAAAACUAAAAACCGCCCGUGUAAUAAGACAUAAACUCCAAAAAGACGGAAACAACAACCCCCAAAAGUAAAGCGGCAGUUGCAAGAGUUUCCCAGAGUGGCAGCGGCAAAAUAAGGGAAACGAAACAACAAGAAAAAAAGGCGUUUGCGUCGCGUCCUGCUGUCCGAAAAUCAAAAUUAACCGUCUUUAGCGCGUAAAACUAAACACUUUGAAUCAUUCAAAAAACAGCAAACGUAUAUAAAUCGUAUAUAUAUAUAUUUUCUACCAGUUUUUCGUAGUAUUAACUUGAAUCAAGAUUUCAAAUUAUCGUUUAUUUUUUUUUUAUAUAUUUUUUGAACGGCUUUUUUUUUUUGCAAGUUUUGUUUUGGUUAAAUUUGUGUUGAAUAUUUUGUGUAAAGAAGGACACGUGGCUAGUUACGAUAGCCGAUAAGAUGUUUAGUCCCGAAUAUGAGAAACGCAUCCUCAAGCACUGCAGUCCUGUGGCCAGAAAUCUGUUCGAUAAUAUCGAAUCGUCCACCACACCCACAUCACUCGACCGCUUCAUACCCUGCAGAGCGAACAACAACUGGCAGACGAACUUUGCUUCGAUCAACAAGUCCAAUGACAACUCACCGCAGACGAGCAAGAAACAGCGGGAUUGCGGGGAAACGGCACGCGAUAGUCUCGCCUACUCCUGCCUCCUCAAGAACGAGCUCCUGGGAUCGGGAAUUGACGAUGUAAAGACCGCUGGCGAGGAGCGAAAUGAAAAUGCCUACACGCCGGCCGCGAAGCGGAGUCUCUUCAAAUACCAGUCACCCACCAAGCAGGACUACAAUGGCGAGUGCCCGUACUCAUUGUCCCCCGUCAGCGCCAAAAGUCAGAAGCUAUUGCGUUCGCCGCGCAAGGCCACACGUAAAAUCUCGCGUAUACCCUUCAAAGUCUUGGAUGCACCCGAGCUGCAGGAUGAUUUCUAUCUAAACUUGGUCGAUUGGUCCUCCCAGAAUGUCCUGGCUGUGGGUUUGGGAAGCUGUGUCUAUCUGUGGAGCGCUUGCACCAGUCAGGUUACCCGCCUGUGUGAUCUCAGUCCGGAUGCAAAUACGGUGACCUCGGUGUCGUGGAAUGAGCGUGGCAAUACCGUGGCCGUGGGUACUCAUCAUGGCUACGUGACCGUUUGGGAUGUGGCGGCCAAUAAGCAGAUCAACAAACUAAAUGGUCAUUCAGCACGUGUUGGUGCAUUGGCCUGGAAUAGUGACAUCCUGUCGAGUGGAUCGCGUGAUCGUUGGAUUAUUCAGCGGGAUACAAGGACACCGCAAUUGCAAUCGGAACGCCGAUUAGCUGGACAUCGGCAGGAGGUGUGUGGUCUUAAAUGGUCACCGGAUAAUCAGUACUUGGCCAGUGGCGGUAAUGACAAUCGAUUGUAUGUAUGGAAUCAGCAUUCUGUGAAUCCUGUUCAAUCCUAUACGGAACAUAUGGCGGCUGUGAAGGCGAUCGCUUGGUCGCCGCAUCAUCAUGGACUUUUGGCCAGCGGCGGUGGAACGGCGGAUCGGUGUAUACGCUUCUGGAACACAUUGACGGGCCAGCCCAUGCAGUGCGUGGAUACGGGCUCGCAGGUGUGUAAUCUGGCCUGGUCCAAGCACUCAUCGGAGCUGGUCUCCACGCACGGUUAUUCGCAGAAUCAGAUUUUGGUCUGGAAAUAUCCAUCGUUGACACAAGUGGCCAAACUGACGGGUCAUUCAUAUCGUGUUCUCUAUUUGGCCCUGAGUCCCGAUGGUGAGGCUAUUGUUACGGGUGCUGGCGAUGAGACGUUGCGAUUUUGGAAUGUUUUCAGUAAGGCACGGAGCCAAAAGGAGAAUAAAUCUGUGCUGAAUCUGUUUGCCAACAUCAGAUAAGGACAAUAAUCCAAGGACCGAAGACUGAGCGAGGCGCCAAAGGCAAAAACAAAAACAAAAAAACAAAUACACAACCAACACAAAAGAAAAGUAAAAGAAAACUAAAACCAAUCAGCAAACCAAGCAGAAACUAACUAAUCAACAAGCCUAUAUUCUAUAUAUAUAAAUAUAUAUACAAACGAUCCUUGUUCAUCAGUCGUUAGUAAAAUUUAGUUACCACAGCAGCAAUAGUUUAAAUAAAUUUAAGUUAAGUCAUUUGUAUAGAAAGGUAAUUAGCAAUUUAUGAAGAAAGAACAUCAAUUAAUGGCUGAAACAAGAACUGAAAACACAAGAAACUAAGUCUAUCUAGGCCCUUAUAUAUAUAUAUAUAUAUAUAUGGGAUGUAAGAAAUUGAAUUAACAACAACAAAAACAACAACACCACACUCACAUACUAUAUAAUAAUCGAAAUCUUUUUGUUGCUUACGUGACGGAUACACAUAAAUAUAUAAAUAUAUUUUUUUUGCUAAAAUUUAAGUAACUAUCUUUAUUUCUUUUCUUUCCAUUUCACAUUUUAACUCACACUCUCAUACACGAACACAAAACAAUGUAUAUUUAAAAUAAAUUUAUACAACUUAAAAUGUGCCCCAAAAA